AUGCCUGGCUCACUCGUAACUUGCCUCUGGUUCGACGGCAACGCCGCCGAAGCCGCAGAAUACUACGUAUCCAUCUUUCCCAACUCCAAAAUCACAUCCAGACAAGCCUAUCCCGAAGGUGGCAAUGAGCAGCAUCAUUCUGCAGGCAAAGACCUGACCGUUGAGUUCGAGCUGAAUGGACACAAGUUCGUCGGUCUAAAUGGCGGGCCGAUGUUCAAGUUCAACCCUGCCGUGUCAUUCCAAAUCAUGUGCAAGGAUCAGGCAGAAAUCGACUACUACUGGGAUAAGUUGAAGGAAGGUGGCGAUCCGGAGGCGCAAAGGUGCUCGUGGGUGGCGGAUAAGUUUGGACUUUCGUGGCAGGUGGUAUAUGAGAAUUUCCCUAAGAUCUUGGGCGGACAGGAUAAAGAGAGGGCGAAUAGGGCCAUGGCAAAGAUGAUGGGAAUGAAGAAGCUGAUUGUUGAUGAGCUGGAAAAUGCGUGA